GCGAACGCCGGCAGACCCAGCGACUCUGAGCCUGACAUGCUGACGUCCUAAAAGGGUGAAAUUCUGCCGAACUCCGCGGAGGAUUUCUAUGCGGCCCGUGGUUCAUCCGCUGGAAAUCUGACGCCCCGUCGCGCCAGCGAGCGAGGCAGCCUGUCGUUGUCGCUGUCUACCAAGAGGCAGUACCUGGUGAAAUACAAACGGAAAGAGGGCAGACAGAACGAGGAGCGGGGCUCCGCGUGGCCCGGGCUGCUCGACGAUCGUAGGAGGAAGUGUGCAACGGUGAAGGGUAACGGUGGUUUCGGCGACUACUCGGCCGCGGGCGAGUUCGAGGUCUGGGGCGACGAACAGCACGCGUCGGAUGGUGUAGAUCGGCAGGUGGCGAGGCCGCCUUCGCGGCAGCAACGAUGCGAAGGCGGUUCGUCGCUGAGGCCGUUGCUUCACGUGGCCCAUUGUGAACUCCACUCGCCCCGCGAGCCGGAACUCCUGCGGCUGGAUCAUCUGGAGGCGUUGGAGCACAAGUCCGCCGACCACGACUCCUACACGAUGAUGGAGAACUUUCGCAGCCCGGUACCGCCGCCCCUGCCGCGACGCCACAUCCGACUUCCUCCACCCCAACAGCAGGUGACAGUCGGGUCUCUGGGUGGUGGUUUAGGAGCCGGGGCUGGAAAUGGUGGCACGGGGACGGUGGGUGCUCAAGGUCAAGCCAUGGUAGUGCCAGGAUUUCCACUCCGCGGAGCGACGGUGCCGCAUUAUUCGCCGUAUUCGCCGUCACGUUUUCACAUCGACAAACGUUGCCAGCACAGAUGCUCCUGGAAAUGUUUCUCGAUCGCCCUGAUCCUCCUGGUUGUUGCGCUGACAGCGAUGCUGGCUUACUUCGCCACAGUGAGCUCCAUGCGGCCAAUAGACAGCUCGAAAUGCGUGGUAGUCCAAGAUGUCAAGGCUGUCACUCACGAGAACGCGCACGUUCACGACCCGAUAUCAACGCAAAUACCCACCGAAGAGUCAUUGCCGACGAGCACCGCGGAGCACUCGAGCGCGUCGGACAGCGCCGGGGAUCAGCAGAGCGAUCCCCAAAUCCAGCAGUCUGCGCAACAAUGGCCGGCGGUGCUCGAGCUCCAGGCGUACAACGUGGCCCACUCGGCCGUCAUACCGCCGUACAACUUCUGGAACACGGAAUUCCGGAACAAGCAGCCGGCGUUCAUCAGGCUGAACCUGACUCUGCCGUGGGGCGCGAACUUCGCGGUCUACGGUAGACGGAACGUCGCGCCCAGCGUCACGCAGUACGACUUCGUGGAGUUCGUCAAGGGUGGUCGCGUGGACCACAGGCUGAAACGGGACACCGCCUCCGAGGCGGUCAGUUUCAUGAAAUCCGGCGGCCAGGACGGUCGUACCAACCAUCGCAACGUCCGUUCUGUACCGUUGGACAGACACGUACUGAUCAAAAGGACCAUCGUCGAGCCCAUGAUGGUCAACGUCAGUCUGCUCCAGUACCUCGACACCGGUCGCUGGUUCCUCUCCGUCUACAACGACGAGCUGCAGCCGUACAAGGUCACCCUGGUCGUCACAGAAGCCGAAGGAGUCUCCACUACUUGCCCCAACGACUGUUCCGGACGGGGAUCCUGUUAUCUCGGAAAGUGCGACUGCAUCGACGGGUAUCAGGGAGCCGAUUGCAGCAAGAGCGUGUGCCCCGUGCUGUGCUCAUCGCACGGACAGUAUGGCGGCGGUAUGUGCCAUUGCGAAGACGGCUGGAAAGGUGCCGAAUGCGACAUACCAUUAGGCGAUUGCCAAGUUCCUGAUUGCAAUCAACACGGACAGUGCGUUAGGGGAUCCUGUGUGUGUAAUCCUGGUAGGAAGGGCGACUUCUGCGACGAACCCGAUUGCCCGGACCCUAACUGCAGCGGCCACGGCGCUUGCGUUUCCGGUAAAUGCUACUGCAAAGCUGGCUGGCAGGGGGAUAGGUGCAACCAGGUCGACCAGCAGGUAUACCAAUGUUUGCCCCGUUGCUCCGAUCACGGCACGUACGACCUGGAGUCCGCGACCUGUGUCUGCGAGGGACAUUGGACCGGCGUGGAUUGCUCGCAGCCCAGCUGCGGCCUCAAUUGCGGACCUCAUGGAACAUGCGAACAGGGUCUCUGCAAGUGCAACGACGACUGGACCGGUACCAAGUGCGAUCAGAAACCGUGCGAUCCUCGUUGCGCGGAACACGGCCAGUGUAAGAAUGGCACCUGCGUCUGCAGCCAAGGAUGGAACGGAAGACACUGCACGCUCCCCGGAUGCGAAAACGGGUGCAGCAGCCACGGAAUGUGCACUUUCCAGGACGGCGAAUAUAGUUGCGAGUGCUCGAGUGGCUGGGCGGGUAGAGAUUGCAGCAUACGUCUCGAAAUGGAAUGUAACGAUUUCAUUGAUAACGAUCAGGAUGGCAUGAUGGACUGUUCUGACAGCGAGUGUUGCUCGCACAAAACUUGCGCAGAGCAUAUCAUGUGCCUUACUAGUAAUAAUCCCGUGGACGUUCUUCUACGCAAACAACCGCCCAGCGUCACGGCGUCCUUUUAUCAGCGCGUGAAAUUCCUCGUCGAGGAGAACAGCGUACAAAGCUACGCUCAUAUGAACGAGUACACCGAAAGUACGUUCUGGAGUUCCUUUACACCGCGUCGAGUGGCGGUGAUGCGAGGCCAAGUUGUAACCGAGCAAGGGAUCGGAAUAGUAGGCCUCAGAGUGUCCGUGGACAGGGACUCUCGCUUCGGAUUCACGCUGACCAGAGCCGACGGAUGGUUUGACGUGCUGGUCAACGGCGGCGGAGCAGUGACGCUUCAGUUCCAGCGUAGCCCCUUCAAACCCCAUACGAGGACCGUGUUCGUGCCAUGGAAUCAAAUAGUGGUCCUACCGCCCGUGGUGAUGACCCUUAACAUGGAAGACGAUAAAUCCAACCAACCCCCCAGUCCAGCUGUCGGCUUCCCAGGGAUAUCGAUGGGACUCUUUAGCGAGCACGGCCCGUGUCUGGAGCACGACCAUGAGCUCCUGCGCCCCAUCAUCGUCAGCACUUGGAUGCCGGAAAAAGUCGGCGGUCUGCCCGGCAAGAGUUUGGUGUUCGCCGAAAGUCAGAUCGUGCAAGAGAGUAUCGCGAUUCCGGGCUCGAACCUCCACUUGAUGUACCAGAGCAGCCAGGCGGCCGGGUACUUGUCGACGGUGAGGAUGCAGCUGACCGGCCCGUUCAUUCCGAAGUCGCUGACGCACGUGCACGUGCACGUAGAGAUCGAGGGCUCCCUUCACACGAAGACUUACGAGGCGGACCCCAAUCUGACGCACACCUUCGCUUGGAACAAACGGAACGUUUACAAACAGAAGGUGUACGGCGUGGCGCAGGCCAGGAUCUCGAUAGGCUAUCAGCACUCUACUUGCGAAUCGAUGAUCUGGGAAACACAGACCGCUACCUUGCAAGGAUUCGACGUGGACAUCUCGGACAUCGGCGGCUGGGGCCUCGACAUCCAUCACCACUACAACUUCCACGAGGGUAUCCUUCAGAAAGGCGAUGGCACCACUCUCCACUUCAAGCAGUAUCCGCGCACCGUAAAAGUGGUGAUGGGCACUGGGCUCAAGAGAAGCUUGGUCUGCCAGGACUGCAACGGACUGGCCAAGGACGCUCGACUCUUGACCCCGGUGGCCCUGACCAGCGGUCCAGACGGCAGCAUUUACGUGGGCGACUUCAAUCUCGUCCGCAGGAUCACGCCUGAAGGAAACGUCUACACCGUGCUGGUCUUGAACGCGACGCAGGUGGCCUACCAGUAUCACUUGUGCGUCUCUCCGGCCGACGGACACCUCUACAUCAGUGAUCCUGAAAAACAUCAGAUACUCAAGGCGCUCACGCUGAAGGUAGUCCAGAACCCCAGCAUCAACAUCGAACCCGUCGUUGGAAGCGGGGAAAGAUGCAUCCCUGGUGACGAGAGCCACUGCGGAGACGAGGGACCAGCCAUUCGUGCCAAAUUGGCUCAUCCUAAAGGAAUCGCGAUCGCAGCCGACAAGACCAUGUACAUCGCCGACGGGAGGAACAUCCGGGCAGUGGAUCCCGACGGUAUCAUUCACACUUUGGUGGGCCAUCACGGUCACCAUAACCAUUGGUCGCCGGCGCCGUGCGUCGGUGCCAUACCCGCUCAUCAAGCCCAACUCCAAUGGCCGACCGGAUUGACCCUAAGCCCCCUGGACGGUUCCCUGCACUUUAUCGACGACAGGCUAGUCCUGAAGCUUACCAGCGACCUGAAAGUGCGCGUUGUAGCGGGCACGCCUCUCCACUGCACCAGCAACACCAACGGGAACAGCAACGACGGGGACCUCGUCGUCAAGAUGAACUCGUCGAUCACCACGAACCCCAAGAAAUCGGAGGAGGUGCUGGGCUCUGUGUUGGCGGUUGGCUUCAGCCCAACCGGGGAGCUUUACAUAGCGGAGAGCAACUCGCACAAGGUGAACUCCAUCAGGACCGUGGACAGCUCCGGGAAGAUGUCUCAUUUCGCUGGCCAGCAACAGCAACGGCUGCGCGACCAAUGCGAGUGCAACAACACCACGCCCAGCACGAAAGAUCUGGAGAGCUGCGCGUGCACUGAUGACGCGAGCAGCACGGAGACCCUGUUGUCGUCCAACGCAAAGUUCACCGCGAUCUCCGCCCUGGCGAUCUCGCCCGAUGGUGUUCUGCACGUGGCGGACCAGGGCAGCCUGCACAUCCUCGCCCUUCAGCCCUAUCUUCCGAAUCACGACGAGAGCGGAGAGUUCCACAUACCGUUCCCACCGACCAACGAGGUUUACGUGUUCAAUCGGUACGGUCAGCACAUCUCCACGAAGGACCUGACGUCCGGGAAGACGCGGUACUCGUUCCUGUACAGCAAGAACACGAGCUUCGGUAAGCUGUCGACGGUGACGGACAGCGCUGGGAACAAGAUUCAAUUCCUGAGGGAUUACAGCAGCGUGGUCAGCUCGAUCGAGAACACGCAGGACCACAAGUCGGAGCUCAAGAUAUCCGCGGUCGGAUUCCUGGAGAAGCUGUCCGAGAGGGGCAGAGCAGAGAUCGCUCUCGGUUACGAUGGCUCUACCGGGUUGCUGACCAGCCGAUCGGGAGGCGGUGAAACGUACAUUUACAAUUACGACAGUCUGGGACGCGUGACAGACGUGAUUCUGCCUACCGGGGAGAAGUUGAAGCUGUCCUCGGACUUGUCCGACGACGAAGGCUUGUCGGUCAAAGUGUGGGCUCCCCUUCGAGCUCUGUCGAAAGGCGACAGGCAACGGAACGUCGAAUUCGUCAUGAAGAACGAGAAGUCGAAGAUGCUAACGAUCACCGACGGCACGAAGGUCAAACAAGCUGUUGCAUUUACGAACAGUAGCUUGGAAGUUCUCCUCCCGGGCGGUGGAAGGGUCCUCAGCGCAGCUACCACCAAACAUCCGCUGUUGGAAGCCGCGUUACCGGUGGAAGCUGAAAUGUUACCCAUGUGGAGCUACCAGUUGAUGUCCUUGGGAGAGUUGACCAACACCAUGACCACCACGUACAGCUUAGUGGGCGACGUCAGUCACUUCCAGCAGACGCUCAACAGAGAGAUUUGGGUGAACGACACCCGGGUGAUCGGCGUGGAGUUCGAGCAGGCGUUCAGUCGCGAAACGUUCUACGACAAGACGAGGAAUCCGCUUCUGACGGUGACCUUUGAUCCCGCUGGUCUGCCUCUGACCUGGCAGCCUUACGAGCAAGGUCACAAUCUGAGCAUAACGUACGACAGAUUCAAUCGCAUCGACAGCUGGAAAUGGGGCGGAUCCGACGAGACGUACGGCUACGAUCGCCACGGGCAACUAGCGGAGGUGACCAACAGCCAGGACGGCACGAAACGGUUCACCUACAACGACUUCAACAUGCUCUCCAAGAUCACUCUGGCCAGCGACAGACACUUCUCCCUGCAGUACGACGACGACGGUGGGCUGCGUCACAUCAUCCUCCCGUCAGGAACCAAACACUCGUUCUCCUGUCAGGCGUCGCUGGGCUUCCUUCGAGUGACGUACACGCCGCCAGGAUGCAGCAGGGUGUAUCUACAGCAUUACAGCCACGACGGGAACCUGCUGCAAACCGUGUUUCCGGGUGACGGUGCCCGCAUCGUCUACAGGUACCACACUUCCGGUCAACUCGCCGAAGUUGUGCACGGCGACGGUAAAAGCGAGAUCAGGUACACGGAGAGCGGUUUGCCGUCCGAAGUGAUACACUCUGAACGCGACGUGGAGUACAAAUGGGAUUACCAGUACAGCGCGGGUCUCCUCGUGGAGGAGCGCAUCGACUUUGGCGCCAAAACUGGCCUCAGCAACGCCAAGUUCACCUUCGAAUACGACUCGAACUUUCGACUGAUCAACGUGCAGGGCAGAAUAGGCGGUCAGACUCUGCCCACUCACACGAUGGCGUACAGUCCCAGGACGGGUAUGCUCGAGCAAAUAGGGCAGUUCAAGGUGACCAGGCCACAGUCCAACGAAACCACCGUGUUCGACGGCACGGCGCUCUUCUCCAGAAUGACCGACGACAGGUUCUUGGAGACCCAAGUGACGCUGACCAUUCAUCAGCUGGAGGUGUUCAGGAUGGAGUUUGCUCACGAUUCCCGAGGUCGUAUCAAUCAGACCAGGACCUACACGCGCAACAUAGCUGUGAACACGUACACCAACGUGAAGAAUUACACCUGGGACUGCGACGGUCAGUUGACCGGCGUCGAGGCGCAAGAGCCUUGGGGGUUCAAGUACGACGGUAACGGGAACAUGCUGUCGCUCACGUACAGAGGCAACACGAUACCCAUGGAGUACAAUAACAUGGACAGGAUCGUGAAGUUUGGCGAGGGGCUUUACAAGUACGACAACAGGGGCUUGGUGGUGCAAAACGCCAGAGAAGAACGGUUCAAUUACAACGCCAAGGGCCUCUUGGUUCGAGCCACGAAACGCGGACGGUUCGACAUCAGAUACUAUUACGAUCACCUGGAUCGUCUCGCCACCAGGAAAGACAAUUACGGAAACGUUACGCAGUUCUUUUACAACAAUCAGAAACGGCCUCACGAAGUGAGCCAGAUAUACAGUCCGCGGGACGGUAAACUAAUGUCGUUGGUGUACGACGACAGGGGACAUCUCAUCUACGCACAAGUCUACAGGCACAAAUAUUAUAUCGCCACCGAUCAAUGUGGCACCCCGAUCAUGAUCUUCAGCCAGUACGGCGAGGGCAUCAGGGAAAUCAUGCGAUCGCCCUAUGGACAUAUCGUUUACGAUUCGAAUCCGUAUUUGUAUCUACCCGUUGACUUUUGCGGGGGACUUUUAGAUCAGGUAACUUCGUUGGUGCACAUGCCGAACGGGAAAGUCUACGAUCCGCUGAUAGGCCAGUGGAUGUCGCCAUUGUGGGAGAACGUUCUCGACAGGGUGGACAUCCCGACGCAUCUCCACCUGUAUAGAUUUAACGGAAACGAUCCUAUCGAUGUCAGGCACACGGACAGGGCAAAUCAGCCAACAGACCACAUAUCAUGGAUGUCGCAUCUCGGGUACGACCUGAAGAACCUGGCGCCGCAACUGUUCCCCGAGGAGCUGCCCGACAGCCUCGUUCCGCCCGCCCUCGGUCCAGGCACCUCCAUCUUCGGGAAAAAGAAGAGAACCAGGAACCUGAGCGUCCAAUCCGGCUUCCUCGCUCAUAUCGCGCAGAGGCAUUCCGGCGACGCGAUCAGUCUAUCGGCGCCGCCGCGUUCCGCGCUGAAGAAGGACACCAGCGAGCUGAUACCGAGUCGUCUGGGCGCAGCAACCGAUCCUCCGUUCGGGAAAGGUAUACUGGUGUCCAGGACAGAGGAUGGCCAGGCUGUCGUGUCCAGCGUGCCAACCGCGAACGCCAUCUACGGCGACGUGUUCACGUCGGUGUUCAACCGUUCCUACUUCCUGCCGUUCACGUUCGUCGUGCACAGCGCCCAGCAGGACGCGUUCUACUUCGUGAAGGAGGAGACCUGGCGAGCCAGCGAGGAUCGCGGUCAGCUGAAGCGUCUCGGCGGUCAGGUGAACACGACGUUCCACGAGAACGAGAACGGGAGCGGGAGCAGCUCGCUGAUAGACGUGAAGAUCCACGGUGUCAGCUACGUGGUGAACCUACGUUACGGCACCACCGCCGAGAAAGAGAAACAAAGACUGCUACAUCACGCAAAGACGACCGCGAUUCGCAAGGCCUGGCACAGGGAACGCGAAGCCCUGAAGGCGAACACACCGACGACGAUCGAGUGGAUGGUGGCGGAGCAGGACGAGAUACUGAAGUCGGAUCGGGCGUCCAACUACGAGGGCGAGUACAUCCACGACGCGCAGCUGUACCCGGAGCUAGCGGAGGACCCGUACAACAUCCGGUUCGUGAAGAAGGCGGUCGACCCGUCCAGCAAGAAGCGACGCAGAAGGAGAGGCGCGCCCACCUGUAAGCUGUGGUGGUUGGACAAGAUAUGCUAGAUCGACCUAGCCGGAGUCCUCCUCCCCCGAGCCGGGAGAACUGUCCAAAAAUCGAAGCAACAGGAAUUUUCGAACGUGGCGUGAGAGAGAAUCCGAACGGAUCGGUUGACGGGAAUCGAGCCGCUGUACCGCGCGGCGUCCGUAUGCACACGUAAACGUACUGAACACUAUCAAAAAAAGUUUUAUACCAAAGUCUAUUUGUGUAUUUCAAAGAUGCCAAAAACAUUAAGGUUAAUAUGAUUAUAUUGUACCGUGAUAGGGUGUAGUGUGUAAGGGUUCUAAACACGUGCGGCGUUUAUGAGAGAUGGACGCGAAACGUUCCGAGAUACCUGUCUCUCGUACCCGUAGAAAUUGGGGAGGGGGGUGUUGUAACGGAAAGAACCGGAAGUAACUCGGAUGUUCCUCGUCGCGAGGCGGAUAGUUCUCCUGUACGACAGACGGUGCCGUGCUCGGCAGGUCUGGGUUAGCGAAAUUCGCCAAGGGACGGCCCGGCAUUGAUAGAACGCGACGCACCAUGAGGAAACGACGAAAGCCAACGACCGCGGGAGCAGGCCAUUCGUCGUUGAGGCGAAUCGAGUGAGAGAAACUAGUCAAUAUAUAGCUUUACAUUGACGUAGAAACUUUUUCCAGUAGGAUAAGAACGACGAGAAGAGUGUGGACGCCUACAGGGUGUACUCGCCUGUCGCGAUAUCUUAGCCGUACUUAGAUUACCGAACGACGAGGAUCCAGGACCAGACGCCUCGAUCACGAGAAAAAUAACAAAACGAAACCGGGAUACGAUAGGUACGCUAACGUCGCGAGUGAAGGAGACACGGAGGCGCGUGUAUCUCAACAAUGAAUGGCCCUGUGGAAGCGGAAGAGGAAGAGGAGGAUCGAGAAGGACCCGGCGUCCAACUUACGAUGAUCGAAGGCUGGAAAACGUUGAGGUGUACUAUAAAGUGGUGCUUUCUCGUGCGAUGAGAAUCGGUGCGACAAGUAACGAGGGUGAAUAGUUAGAGGACAUCGGAACAUACUAAAUAGCGUGGCUAAGGUAUUUUUAACUGAUGGAUGUGUCCUAUCCCCGUUCCCCCUUUAGCGCCAGCGUCCACCACUUCCUCGAGGAUUUCUAUAUGUCGCGUCGUGUACGAAUCGUUCGAAAGGGAGGCUUUAUCGUUACUCCGGGGGCUAUCGGUAGACGAGAACGGUCCCCCGCGACCGACGACGAUCACGGGGCAGAAGGAAGCGUCGGGCGUGCGAGCCUAUGUCUGUCUGUUUAUGUAAGCCACGCGAACGUGGACAAACUCAUUAUCGGUAAAAAAAAUAAUACGUAUACACAAUAUACAUAUUCGUGCUUGCUGGAUAUGAAAUAACGAACGUUAACUAUCGUUUCUUCACCGAGUAACUAAGUGUGUAUAUCUAAAUUAACGCUGAUCAGUACCGAUCGUUUCGCUGUGUACUGAACGCCAUAUACGUCUCUACGUGCAUAAGAUAUUAUUUAACACCGGCCCCCCCCCCCUCCCUCGGUAACCCUCCACCUCCCGAUUUCCAAUAAACUCUUUCGAUGCACGAACCCGUGACUUUGAGCUAUCGAAAAUUAGCACCGAGAAGAUUUCAAACCGCGUAUUCAAACUUUUCUGUGUCUUAGCACUCUGAACCCCUUCCCGUUCUUAACCCCCCAACCCCCCCUCCGCUGGUUUCCUUUCUUUCGAUAUGCCCCUCGAUUGCUCCAACGCGUUACUUCACCGCGUUUUACUCGAAACGUUUAUAUAACUCGCCAUAUUGAAUACUUUGCGACGGCUUUAGGCGGCGCCGUUUUACGGGAUAGAUAGAUGACAACACACUGACAUUCGCUGUCCGGAUAGAUGAGAAAAUUACAAAACGAAAAAAAAGAUAAAACCUUAUACGCUGAGUGUAUAAACGAACAGAAACAAAAAAAAAUGAAUUAUAUAUAUAUAUAGAAAGGAGAGAAAGAGAAAGAGAAAAAGAGAGUUAUAUAGGAAAGCUUCGUAAUGUAUUUUUGACUCGAACUCGAGUGUUUAGAGCCUACGGUAACACCAAUUCUUCAAACUCUGCGGUCCAAGCGAGCACUCGUCGGUUAUACGCUCGUGCCCCUAACGAGGUCGAAGGCGGUCUUUGUUUUAAUAAUAACAUAGAUAUAUCUAUACGCUGCAUCGGACACACGUCACGCGUACUUCGAAACGCGUCCGUUCUUUCGCACUUUCUCGUCUCCCACCCUCUAAAUUAACGCUGCCAACACGAAUCUCGGCGAAAGGACGGAGCAUCGCGCGACGAACAGACCCUCGAAUGAUCGUUGGUGAUCGAGCCACAACUUCGAUUCGUGGCCCUCUAAACACUCACACUGCCCACCCACUCCGCCCCCUCACCCGCCCUUCCACUCCGUCACACCUCGCCCACCAGUCCCAUUUAUUCGUAUCUGUAACCGUAUAUAAUUACCAUUGAAUCGGCAAUGGCGUUCAAAGAAUCGACUAUUUUUUAAAACGAAAAGUAAAAAGGUAUCGAGUGUCAAAUUAUUGAGAGAAGAGAGAGUGUGUGUGUGAGAGAGAGAGAGAGAGUAAAAGUUAUGGUGGUAUUCUCAAACCGUGCAGGGUCGCGAGAACGGUACCGCAGCUUGUUCUUCGCGUUCAAAUCGUGCCAGAAAAACGAGAACAGUAAAAAGGCGAAGCAAAUGACGAGUGAACUCGCUCUCUAACUUCCGUGAAGUUUCGACUCGUUUCGCGGGAAAGAAAUAAAUGGUAAUGAACAAAACGGGAACUUUUUAUACGUUCGCCCCGACGAAGUUUUUCGACCGCUGGGGUUGACGCGAUUAUUAUAAAUAUGAAUAUAUAUAAAUAUAUAUAUAAAUAUAAAUACUUCUGGAAUUAACGGGGUAGAAAUUGCUCGAAGGGGCAAAACCGAACGAUUAUUACGAUUGUAUUGAUUAUAAACUACGAACUACACGCGGAUCGUAUAUACGAGGAGAUUAUGAGAAAUUAUGAGAUCUAUGGCCGGAAGCUAGCUGAAUCCGUCGGACCACGUGGGUGUAUGCUUACUCGAUUCUCGCGAAGCGAAACCUCGUCCUCGUCGGCGAGUCGAGAUCAGGAACAGCACAGAAGUUUCGAGCACACGGGAGAGAGUGAUAUAAUUAAAAACAAAGAAAAAUUAAUAUUGAGGAAAAAGAGUGUGAGAGAGAGUACGAGAGAGAGAAAGGAGAGCGAGUGAAUGCAGAAGAGUCAAGUCAUGCUGCAGCUACUACGACCACUACCUACCCCUUAAGUAGAUUAACGCUACUUUGCUGCUGAUCUAAUUGUUUACUGUCACGUGUUGCUGUAAACCUAAACUACCGAUACGAUAUAUUUUAUUUAUAUAAUCUAAUCGACUGUAUUUAUUGUAAAUAGUCACGAUGUUUGCUAUGAUAUAAUAUAUCUGUAAUUGGAUGGAACCUGCCUGAGACUGCGCCCAGCCCUGUCCUCUAUAAUUGUGUCUCUUUGUACUCGCGUACACACGAUACACGUACACACAACAAACACACACACACACACACACGUACGUGGACACACAGAUCUAUAUAUAUAUAUAUAUAUAUAAAGGUAACGAAGAGAGGGGGACGAUUCGAUUAUCAAGAAUCCGUGGACGAGCAGGUGCAAGCACAGGUAUUAGCUUAUCUGAGCGACGAAGGGAGAGAUAAAGACAGAUCUGUAACGCGUCCGGCGAACUAUUACGAUGUCAAUAUUUCGUCUCGCAUUGGACGACAAUUCGAGGAGCCGUACUCCUCGUUGUCGUAACUCUGCUCCACCCCCCCCCCCCAACCCCUAUAUCGAUUCCGUGAAUCUCACUCAUUCGGGAACCCUUUCGAGGAUGAAAGCGAACGAUGGUCACAGAUAAUUUUUAUAAAUGUAUUUCCCCCCAUCCCCACCCGGCCCCCGGUACUUUCGACGAACUCCGGAUCGAUCGAUGGUCGUCGUAGAGGCGCUCGAAAGAGUUUGGCAAAAUAACAAAACGAAAAAGAAAAAGAAAAAGAAAAAAAAAAAAAAGAAACGAUAUAAAAUUCCAAUUGACGAACCGCUGCCACGUCUGGCACACUGUGUCACACAA